CAAGUCGAAAUUGAGUUGUUGUAAAUAAGUAAAAACAAGAGGUUGGAGCGCAUAGAUUAAAGAUCAACAAUGAAUAGCGAAGCCUCAUCACUGCAGCAGCAGACGGGGAGUGGUAGUAGCAGUAUGGCAUCAGACACCAAUUUGAACUCAGCCACACCCACUGUGGCUGCACCGUACUACAACACGGACUUUUACAUCGGAGUUGGUUUGGCCAUAUUUUCCUGUUUUUUCAUUGGCUCCAGUUUCAUUAUUAAAAAGAAGGCUCUCCUGCGCCUUAGUCGACAUGGUGAGGUGCGAGCUGCAGCUGGAGGAUUCGGUUACCUGAGGGAAUGGAUUUGGUGGGCAGGUCUGCUGACAAUGGGACUGGGUGAGGCGGCCAACUUCGCUGCCUAUGCCUUUGCUCCGGCGUCUCUCGUCACACCUCUGGGUGCUCUCAGUGUUAUCAUAUCAGCGGUAAUGGCUUCACGUUUCCUCAACGAGAAACUCAAUUUGUUGGGUAAACUGGGAUGUUUUCUAUGCAUAUUGGGUUCAACGAUAAUUGUGAUUCACUCGCCAAAGGAGAAGGAAAUUGAGGACUUGCAAGUGCUCUUUAACAUGCUACAGGAUCCAGUUUUCAUACUCUAUGUCAUAUGCAUAUUUGGUUCCAGUGCAUUUGUGGCCUGCUUUGUGGCUCCCCGUCAUGGUCAUGCCAAUGUUGUGGUGUAUAUAUUCCUUUGUUCGGGUAUUGGAUCGCUAACAGUGAUGUCUUGCAAGGCCUUGGGGCUGGCUAUAAGACAGACUCUUGCCAAUGGCGGCAAUGUCUUCCUCACCUGGAUGCCAUGGUUCUUAAUUGUAAUCACAGUCACCUUUAUAGCAAUUCAAAUGAAUUAUCUCAACAAGGCAUUGGAUAUAUUCAAUACGAGCAUUGUUACACCAGUUUACUAUGUCAUGUUCACAACUUUGGUAAUUACCGCUUCGGCGAUAUUAUUCAAGGAGUUUACUGAUAUGCGAUUCGAUGAUAUAUUGGGUGAUAUUUGCGGAUUCCUUAUUGUCAUUACCGCUGUAUUUAUGUUGAAUGCCUUCAAGGAUCUGGAUAUCUCACUGAAUGAUGUGCGAGGCUUAAUGCGACCCAAAAUGCAGCGAGUGUCGCAGUUUGAUGAAGAAGUUUUGGUCGCAGGUAAUGGACACGGAGACAAGGACCAGCGACGAUUCUCUUAUGGUUCGAGUGAUAUUUUUCGCAAGGCAUGACACCAGCAGACCCAAAGGAAGCGGUACCAGGUCUGAUUUCAUUAUUAAUAAACAUCACAGUCCCCGUCCCAUUCCAAACUAAACAAAAACCCAAAAAAAAAAAUUGUUCCUUCAUAAUUGUUAAAUCACGACAUUCGCUAGAUAUAGUUUUUAGUCUUAAACAAAACGAUGUGUUGAAUUAAAACCAAUUAUUUUCAUAAAAAG